GUUUGUUGCGGCGAACCUCCCGGAAGUGGCUCUCACGGAGACUGCGCACCCAGCCCGCGCGGGGGAACUGCGGCUAGAGUGCUCGCUGAGAGGUAGACGAGUCGAGUCGCGUCCGCACCCAGCCUCUAGCAAACAGGAUUUGCUUUCUGCUUGCUGUGAACUGAGGUACCCAUAAUGGACUUACCCGAAAAGGACAAAAGCUGUUCCGGGUGAGCCCAGGCCGCCCCGGAAAUGCGAUGGCCGAGGAGCGGGCACCAAGGACCAGACUGAGGUGGGAGUCAAGGCAGGGGACGUCACCACGGUUUUGGUGGUCUUCACUCCACCCGAAUUGAGUUUCGGACCAAGACACUGGAUUCUCAUAGCUCAGAGAGCUCUGAGUAUGUAAUGGUGAAAGUGGUAUAGUCCGCAUUAACAUCGCACAGAAGACAUGACAGCUCAGGAACGCACGUGGACUUGUAGCGCAUGGAAAUGUGUGCACAGAAAAAGGAAGUCUAUAAUUCUUUAAAGAUAGGAAGACAUUCUUCCUUACCAAAAUGGGCUCAUCUUGCUCAGUUAUCAAGUUUGAAAACCUCCAAGAAUUAAAGAGACUAUGUCAUUGGGGUCCCAUUAUAGCCCUUGGUGUUAUAGCAAUAUGCUCUAUGAUGGCCAUGAUUGACUCUGUGUUGUGGUAUUGGCCUUUACAUACAACUGGAGGAAGCGUGAAUUUCAUCAUGUUGAUAAACUGGACUGUCAUGAUUCUUUAUAAUUACUUCAACGCUAUGUUUGUUGGUCCUGGCUUUGUCCCCCUGGGAUGGAAACCGGAGAAUUCUCAGGAUUGCAUGUACCUCCAGUAUUGUCAAGUCUGCCAGGCAUACAAGGCACCCCGGUCACAUCACUGCCGAAAGUGUAACAGGUGUGUGAUGAAGAUGGACCAUCACUGUCCGUGGAUCAACAACUGCUGCGGUUACCAAAACCACGCUUCGUUCACGCUGUUCCUGCUUCUGGCACCCUUGGGCUGCAUCCAUGCUGCCUUCAUUUUUGUUAUGACCAUGUACACACAGCUUUAUAACCGGCUUUCCUUUGGGUGGAACACGGUCAAGAUUGAUAUGAGUGCAGCCCGGAGAGACCCUCCUCCAGUUAUUCCGUUUGGAUUAGCUGCGUUUGCUGCCACCUUGUUUGCCUUGGGAUUAGCCUUAGGAACCACCAUCGCCGUCGGGAUGUUGUUUUUUAUCCAGAUGAAAAUAAUUCUCAGAAACCAAACUUCUAUUGAAUCAUGGAUUGAAGAAAAGGCUAAAGAUCGCAUUCAAUAUUACCAACUAGAUGAAGUCUUUGUUUUUCCUUAUGACAUGGGAAGUCGGUGGAAGAACUUUAAACAGGUGUUCACCUGGUCAGGGGUCCCGGAAGGAGACGGGCUGGAGUGGCCGACCAGAGAAGGCUGUCACCAGUACAGCUUAACAAUAGAACAGCUGAAACAAAAAGCAGAUAAAAGAGUGAGAAGUGUGCGGUAUAAAGUGGUAGAAGAUUACAGCGGUGCCUGCUGUCCUCUGAAUAAAGGGCUCAGAACCUUCUGCACGAGCCCCUGCACUGAAGAGCCUCGAGUGCGGCUGCGCAGAGGGGAGUUCGUUCUGGCCACCAGAGGGCUGCGGUACUGGUUGUAUGGAGACAAAAUUCUUGACGAUUCCUUUACAGAAGGUGUAUCAAGGAUGAGAGGCUGGUUCCCGAGAAACUGCGUGGAGAAGUGUCCCUGCGAUGCCGAGACAGAGCAAGCCCCAGAGGGCGAGAAGAAAAAUAGAUAGCCGCUCCCAAAACACAGUUCUCCUUUCAGUCCGCUCCGUUACUUGAAAAUUGUACACAUCACUAAAGAAUUAUGCAAUGAGGCCACUCUGGUUAAGGUGUUCUUUUCCUCAAAGGUGCCCUAGUGCCAUGAUCUAAGUAUUUUUAUGACCAUUUGGAAUGGAGAAGCCAUUCUGCAUAUGCCUUUGAAUCUCUGCCCCCCCUCACCGCCUCCCUCUCCCCGCGAAGGGA